GAGUCACGUGACCUGUUAAUCGUCUCUGGCAGGGUGCGCGUGGGCCUCAGUCCCAAGAUGGCGGCCACCCGCUACCGGCGGUUUCUGAAGCUCUGCGAGGAGUGGCCGGUGGAGGAGACCAAGCGGGGCCGGGACCUGGGCACCUUCCUGCGGCAGCGGGUGGCCCAGGCCUUCCGGGAGGGGGAGAGCACCCAGAUUGCUGACCCUGCAAACUGUGACCAAACGUAUGAAAGUUUAGUCAGAAUCCACACCAAUUUCUAUAAAAACAAGUAUCCACGCCUAAAAGAUACGAGCUUCACUGGAGUCACAGUGGAAGAAUGCAAGCUGAUCCUAGCAACAGACAGCGGGAAACAGAUGGAGGAAAUGAGAAAAGGUAAAUGGAAAAAACUGCGAGAGAAGUUCUCUGCCAAGAAUGCUGAAGAGGACUCAAAGUUAUAACCUCUCUCCCCAGCCCCCCCCUCUGUACAUAUUCCUAAAGCACUGUAUAUUGCCAUGAUGAAUAAAGCCAAUCAUUCCUCUUA